AUUUUAACCAAUCAAAUGACCGAUUCCCCUCGCUACUCGUCUACCGUGCAGUCGGGUGGAAAUUCCAGCCUCACCACAAACUAAUCGCGAUGGCGCAACGCACGACAACGACCACGCGAAACCUGAGUUACGAGCUCGGGGUCAAACACGGCGCCCUCGCCAGCAUCGGACUGACCAUUGGCGCUUCGGUGCUCACUGUCAUAGCCACUGGCGCCGGGGCCGCUAUUUGGAAAUACCUGAAGAAGCAACGGCAGUUGUGGGACGCUGAAGCCCUCAUGGCGCACCGUCGGUCGGUUUUCCCCCAAGACUACGAUCCCAAUCGUACCGUGCCUGAGGACAUCUUGAAUAAACUGCUUGAGAGUGCCAAUUGGGCACCGACGCACGGACGGACUGAACCUUGGCGAUUCAUCGUGUUUGGAGGCGAUGGUCGUCGCAAGCUGGGUGAGAAAGACGCGGAAAUUUACAAAAACAUCACGCCCGAGGCUUCGUUCAAUGCGAAAAAGUACGCUAAAAAGUCUGCGUCGAAGCUCCAAGCGUCGUACGUGAUUGCGAUCUGCCUGAAGCGCCAAGACAGCAAGAAGAUUCCAGAGAUUGAAGAGGUGGAGGCUGUGGCGUGUGCGGUGCAAAACAUGCACCUGCGCGCGACGUCGCUGGGAGUGGGAGCGUACUGGAGCUCGGGACCAGGCGUGUACACUAGCGAAAUGAAAGAAUUCCUCGAGCUGGGACCGGACGACAAGUGUUUGGGUCUCUUUUACGUGGGGUACCCCAAGCCAGGCUUCAAGCACCCUGUCGGUUCGCGCAAGCCUGUGCAGGACAAAGUUCGGUUUGUGUACGAAUAAAGCAUCGUCCUGUGGUGCUCGAAUGACUUGUCCAUUGACGACGCCGGUUGGGCCGGACGAGGCACUCUCGCGUGCCUUCACGGGCUGCGCCGCCAUUCAAUCGAGUUGGAAGACAUGCAAGCAAUCGUGUGGUGUCUCAUGCGAAAUGCC